AAAACACUUUGCCUUUGUUAAUAUAUAGCCACCUCCAGCUGGUUCCAAGCUUAAACCCUCUUCAUCAUCAUCCCCAAACCUUCUCUCUCUCUCUCUCUCUCUCUUUCUCUUUCUCUUUGGAAGAAGAAAGUUUUAAAUUUGCUUUUGUAGCAACCGCCUUUAGCUCGCUCUGUUUUCUUGAAAUCUUGCAGUGUAUUCUUCAUUAUUCCAAGCUUGGAAGCAACCGCCUUAUUCUUUUUUUCUCUCUUUCUCUCAACUCAAGUUCUGUUUCCCAGUUCGUUUUAGCUUUCGGAAUUUUUUGAGUUUAGUUCUCUGUUGUUAAACAUGAGUAAACAAGAGUUGAUGAAGAUGCAGCAGACUUGCGUUCUGAAAGUGAAUAUACAGUGUCACUGUGAUGGGUGUAAGAAGAAAAUAAAGAAACUUCUGCAAAAAGUUGACGGAGUUUAUAAUAGCACAAUAAAUGCGGAGCAAGGGAAGGUAACAGUGACAGGAAAUGUCGACCCAGCUAAACUCAUAAAGAAGCUUGAGAAGUCAGGGAAGCAUGCUGAGCUAUGGGGAGCUCCAAAGGGCUUCAACAACUACCAAAACUUCGUCAACAAUCAAUUCAAGGACAUGCAAAGUGGCAAAGAAAACAAAUCUCAAAAGGGUGGAAAAGGAGGCCAGCAAGUGCAACACCAAAUGCAACAAUUCAAAGGGUCUAAUGAUCUAAAGAUGCCUCAGAAAGAUCAGAAAUCUGCCAAGUCCAACUUGCAGGAUGGUUAUGAUACAAGUGAUGAUGAUUUUGAUGACGAAUUUGAUGAUGAUUUUGAUGAUGAUGAUGAUGAGGAGGAGGAGUUUGGUCAUGGUUAUGGACAUGGUCAAGUUCAGGUUCAGGGUAAUCAUUUGCCUAACAAAAUGAUGCCCAUGAUGGGAAAAGGCCAUGGACUGAAUGGCCCUGGUGGUAUGACUGGCGGGCCUAUGUUUAAUGCUAAAAAAGAUGGUGAUGGUGGAGGAGGAGGAGGAGGAGGAGGAGGAGGAGGAGGAAAUGCCAAGAAAGGUGGUGGUGAUUUUGAGAUCCCCGUGGUCAUGAAGGGCAAAGGCAACUAUAAUGAUGGCCAGAAUAAAGGUGGAGGCGGUGACCGGAAGAAUGGUAAUAGCAAGGGAGGGAGUGAAAAACAAGAAAGCAGAGGUAAAAAAGGUGGCAAAGGUGGUAUUGGAGGGUUAUUCAGUUUUGGUAGGAAGAGUAAAAAUGGAAGAGAAGGCGGUACUGGUAAUAAGAGCUUCAAUAAUGGCAGUGGGGCCAUGAAAGAUGGAGGCAAAAAUGAUGGGGUCCAUGAUUCUAACAAAAUCAAGCAAAACAGUGAAAUUGAUGUUAACAGAGGUGGUGCUGGUGCCAACAACAUGGGCCAGAUGGUGGGCCAAAUGCGCCCAAUGGGUAGUUAUCCUGCAGUGCAAGGACUUCCUUCACCGGCAGCCAUGAACGGUGGUUAUUAUCAAGGGAUGGGAGGAAGCAACCCUUACAAUCAACAAUACAUGUCGAUGAUGAUGAACCAGCAGAGGCCAAAUGGGAAUGAUAUGUUUCAACCAAUGAUGUAUGCUCCGCCACAUCCGGCCGUUAACUAUAUUCCACCGCCACCAAUGCCUUCGCAUCCUAUGGCGGAUCCCAUCACUCACUUCUUCAGUGAUGAGAACACCAAUAGUUGCAGUAUAAUGUAAGUUGAUGGAAUAGUUUAAUAUGUUGUUUGAGCUUAUCUGGUAUAUGAAGUAUUUGCUUAAAUUCA